AUGCUAGAGUCAUUUAAAAAGACGUUUGUAAGGGGUCGGGAAAAGCAGGGUAAGACAGACGCAGCGUCGCACAAUGCAGGCAAUGCAGCAGCAGCUGAAGCAAUUGCCGCUCGGGGGGGAGCGGACGCAGGAAAGGCGGAAUGCUCGCAUCCGCCUCCAGGCGUCGCGAAUCCAACGGCUCCCAUCCGUCCCGACCCGAACAAAGAGAUUGCGGAGGAGAACUUGUCCCAUUUCGCGGAGCCGCCGCUGAUGUUAUCAUCAGACAUAAGUGGUCACGAGAAGCAGGUUCUCUUCAUAAGUACCGGUGCAGCUAACACACGCCCGGUGAGAGGCCCACGGCGUGACGAGGACGAGGACGAGGAGGAGGGGGACGAGGGGGAGGAGGAAGAAGGCGAGGAGGAGGAUGAGGAGGAGGAGUUGGCUGAUAAGCUGCACCUCCUCUUCGAUUUUAACGACCCCAAGGAACUCGAGGAGGAUAAGGAAUAUAAUCGGCGGUUUCUCCUCGAGCUAGUCGACUACGUCAAUUGCGGAACCAUGAAAUUCAACGAGGCGGUAUUCAAAGACAUCACGCGCAUGCUGGAGAUUAAUCUCUUCCGGCCGUUACCGCCGUCCGCGCCCGCGAUGUCCGGGUCGGAACCUAAGAACCCGAAGGAAGAGGAUCCGACUAUGGAAGCCGCGUGGUCGCACCUGCAAAUAGUCUACGAGCUGCUUAAGUAUGUCGUCUUUAACGAGACCGACCAGAGGCUAAAGCUUUUCGUCGACCAGCAGUUCAUCUUAAAGCUGCUGAACCUGUUCGACUCAGAGGACCCUCGCGAGCGGGACUAUUUGAAGAGCAUUUUACACCGGAUUUACUUAAAAUUCAUGGAUCACCGGCAGUUCAUCCGCAAGGCGAUUAACGACAUCUUCGACCAAUUCAUCGAGUCGGAGCGGCACAACGGCAUUGCAGAGCUGCUGGAGCUCCUAGGGAGCUUUGUCAACGGGUUCGUGCUGCCUCUUGAAGAGGAGCAUACGCAGUCCCUGGAGCGAGUGCUGGUUCCGCUGCACAAGCUUGAGUGCGUGUCGAUGUACCACAAGCAGCUGUCGUUCUGCAUCACUCAGUUCGUGGAGAAAGACCCGAAGCUCGCGGAUUUGGUGCUGCGCGGGUUGCUUAAGUUCUGGCCCUUAACUAACAGCCAGAAGGAGGUGCUGUUCCUGGGGGAGUUGGAGAAGAUUCUGGAGCUGACUCAGGCGCCCGAGUUUCAGAUGGUCAUGACGCCGCUGUUCCAGCAGAUCGCGCGCUGCCUCAGCUCCCCGCACUCUGAGGUACGGGUGUGUGUGAUGCACUGGGAGGGAGGGGACAUGAGGAGGUGUGAGGCGGUUUUAACAGACCGAGUUUCAGAUGGUCAUGAUGCCGCCGUUCCAGCAGGUUGCACUCUGCCUCAGCUCCUCGCACUUCUAGGUUGCACGCUGUCUCAGUUCCUUGCUCUUCCCAGGUGCAACGCUCUCGCCCAAUUUCAGGUGGCGAGGCGAGUGCUGUUCCUGGGGAACAACGACUACAUCGUGAGGCUGGUGGCUCAGAACCGCACCACCAUCCUGCCGCUCAUCUUCCCCGCCCUUGACCGCAACGCCAGAAGCCAUCAGAACGAGGUGUACACGUGCAUGCAUGUCCUUGACAUCUUAACCCUCUCCCACUGCAUCUCCCCUUGCUUCACUCAUCCUCGCUCCAUCUCCCGCCUCCCCGCCUCCCCGCCUCCCCGCCUCCCCUCCUCCCCGCCUCCCCUCCUCCCCGCCUCCCCUCCUCCCCGCCUCCCCUCCUCCCCUCCUCCCCUCCUCCCCGCCUCCCCUCCUCCCCUCCUCCCCUCCUCCCCGCUUCCCCUCCUCCCCUCCUCCCCGCCUCCCCGCCUCCCCUCCUCCCCUCCUCCCCUCCUCCCCUCCUCCCCGCCUCCCCUCCUCCCCUCCUUCCCGCCUCCCCUCCUCCCCUCCUCUGCUCCUCCCCUCCUCCCCUCCUUCCCUCCCCGCAUCCCAUCCUCCCCUCCUCCCCUCCUCCCCUCCUCCCCUCCUCCCCUCCUCCCCUCCUCCCCUCCUCCCCUCUUCCCCUCCUCCCCUCCUCCCCUCCUCCCCUCUUCCCCUCCUCCCCUCCUCCCCUCCUCCCCUCCUCCCCUCCUCCCCUCCUCCCCUCCUUCCGUCCCCUCCUCCCCUCCUCCCCUCCUCCCCUCCUUCCCUCCUUCCGUCCCCUCCUCCCCUCCUCCCCUUCCUCUCUGUCCAGGCAGUGAGAGGGCUGAGCAUCAACGUGCGCAGCAAGUUUCUGAAUAUGGACCAGGCGCUCUAUGUCAAAUCCUCUCCACCCCUUCCCGCUCCCCCUCCUCUCUGUCCAGGCACAUCAACGUGCGCAGCAAGUUUCUGAAUAUGGACCAGGCGCUCUAUGUCAAAUCCUCUCCACCCCUUCCCGCUCCCCCUCCUCUCUGUCCAGGCAGUGAGAGGGCUGAGCAUCAACGUGCGCAGCAAGUUUCUGAAUAUGGACCAGGCGCUCUAUGUCAAAUCCUCUCCACCCCUUCCCGCUCCCCCUCCUCUCUGUCCAGGCAGUGA